AUCAAAUUUCAUUUUGCUUUUAAAUGGAAGCUGUCUUACUUUUGCAUUCAUUACUCUGUGAGAUGAUUAAUAAACAGCAACAGUCAUGGAGGGCACUGAAAACUUUAUAUUGGAGGGCAGCGGUUAUUUCGAAUAUUCUACUGAUGGCAUACUUGAAUAUGAUGAUCACUUAGUCUGUACAUACGUUGACGAGUUUGGUUACAUGGUCGAAGUUAAAUGUGAAAAGAAUACGAUGAAAUGUUGUUCCUCGUCCACUUCAGAAUCGAUAUCUUACUAUUAUUGUUGCAAAAGAAAGGACUUGGUUUCGAGCGAUAUUGUUAUCGCAAUCAGUGCUGUGGCUGUUAUGUUAUUCAUAUUGGCAUCUGUUUGCUUCGUUUAUUGUGUUUUGUCUGUUCCAGUUUGGUAUGAACGAAUUAGGAGAGGAAAUCGAACACAAUCAGAAUUCGCCAACAACUUGGAAUUGCAGUCGCUUCACACCCGGGAUGAAUUUUUGACAUCAACAAGUGACAGCCCGACCGAGACCAAUCAUCAUUUCGGUGGGUGACAAAAGUCUGCUUCGGAGAGUUGCGGGAGCUGUUGUAUCAAUAGUAAUUGGUACGUUGAUGGGUAUUUAACUUCUAUAAGCAUCCUUCAAAAACAAAGCAAUUACAACUGGUAGGAAGUGUGAAGAACAAUAACAAACAUUAUAUAUUUUAACGAUUGAUAGGCCAUAGUUUAUUAUUCAUUUCCUCAAGGCUGAUGCAUAUUGCUAGAUGCGAAGAACUAUACAUUGUCAACAAUUAGGCUAAAAGUCUAUUUAUGCGUUUGUUAUUCAUAUACCUGAUACUAUCAGCGUUCCUUGGCACACACGAAAAAAACUCAAGCUGCAGGAAAUAAAUAUUGUUUUUUAUUUUCAAAAUAAUUUUUCGAAGAAUGUUGAACAUUUAUAUACACAAGAGCUUAAGUUAAACCCGGUAGGUGAAGAUAAUUAUAGCCAUUCUAUUCCCGGAAAAGAUGAGGUUUCUUGAAAUUGAGAGUGAAG